AUGCUGGUCACGGCUGCGUCGACACGAUAUCUUCCACAGCAACACCGAGGCCAACGGCGCAAACCCCGCCACAGACGUCGUCGCUUUUGCAAAAAUGAUUCGAGGAAGCGCAUUGAGAAGAAUCAACACGGUCAGCGAGUUAUCGGCGUCAGCACAGCAGAGUACUAUCACCUUUCCAAGUUCAAUAAGAAGCGCGUAUGCGACCUCAACUUGAAGAAGAAAGAACCUGUGUACGCUUUGAUAUUGAAGGAAAUGCCAAGUUUUAAAACUUUAACAUUCAUGGUGCGACUCUGGAGCACGUGGGGUUUCUUGUGUCGUGUUCGGCCAAAAUAA